CUUGUUUAUAAAAGGGGGACACCAAAAAAUCAGAACAAAAGGGCCAUUUUUUGGCAGGGAGAAAAUAAACAUUCCUUUGGUAUGUACUCCGUAUGUCCCUUUCCUCGCCGGCUAUCUAUAUUUAUCUUCACGGUCGCCUGUCUAUUAUUACCGUUUUUACCAUCUGCUGGGCGGGUUUGGCUUUUGUCCCUUAUCUCUCCCCACUCAGAGGCCGAUGAUAACGGCCCAGGCAGCCCGGCCCCCCGUUGUCUGCAGAUACACACAGAGCAGGAAGCAAAAAAGCUUAUCGUCCUGGUUAUUAUCAUCACCAAGAAUUUGCACUUCGCCCGCUACAUAUUUGCCUCAUUGCCAGGGUUCCCGAAAAUCACUCAGGCCUGUAUUUUCACUCGCCCGUCCACUGGGGUCAUUCGGCACAUGCCAUUUCUCUGAACAAGGACGAGGCAAUAUUACGAAACUAUAGCAUCCAGUACGACCGUCCGAGACAAUUGGUCCAACCAAUUGCGCCGUCGGAUCCCUGCUAGACGCAAAUCCCUCAUACUUCUGACCCCAUAGGGG